GACUCGAAUCUUUUGAAUCGCGAUUCUUUCAGUGGCCCACAGCGUCAGUAUGUGACGAGAAUCUUUUUGUGUAAUGAACGAUUUGUUAAACUACAUUUUUGUUUUAACAGCACCUCUACAAUGUACCUGACCAAUGCUGGAAUGUGAACCUUCAUUAAUUAAGUGUUCUGCCGUCAACAAAUAUUUUAUACUUGUACUUGGAAAGGAGUGCAAUGUUUGCUUCAUCAGAAAUGCUCGUCUCUGCCGCACAGAAGUUAUUGUGUCCUCGUAAGAAGCGUUUAUCCCCGUCCACAUGUCUUGAUGUGGCCGUUCAAAUAAUGGCUGUGGAUCUGGGCGUCAAACCUGCGCUGCUUUACGACAGUAAUAUAGCAUCUCCAGAGCAGCUUCAGCUGUACCUCAAUUCUCUACAGGAGUAUGGAGUUGUAAGCAGUUCACUACGGAUACUUUCCAUUGAUGGCAACACAUUUAUUUUUAACCCUGCCACUAUUGAGUCCCACUUGGAUGAUCUUCUCCAAAGCAAAAGUCUCCUUCUGAUAGACGUAUGUCCCUCAAGAAAACAACCUGUCUUGGUUAACUUUGAGAAGAGAACUGAGGGUAUGAUUAAAACUCUUUCAGGAUUCUUCAUGAGUGAGCUGGACAAAGGCUCCUCAGUGAUGGUGUUGGGAGAGGAGCUGUACCAUGACUGGAACUUGUGCACUCUUUUUGGAAUCCUGUUAGGUUAUCCAGCCUCAUACUGGUUUGACCAAACUAAAGGAUUUGGGAACUGUCUGUGUAUGACACCUCUGGUGGUGUGCACGGUUUGGGUCAAAUGGCAGAUACGUGACAUAAAUCAUCACUGUUGUCUUUACUCAUUCAGUGUUCCUGAAGAGCUGUGGACAGAAGUGCAAAGUCAUGUGCAACGGUGGACUGAGCAUCUGAGAGAGAGAUUUAACAAACAGCCAGUUCUGACUGAUCUCUGCUUUUCUAGGGAUACAGUCACUUUGCCCUCUGUGACCCUUUGAAUAAACCUGAUUUAUGUUUCUUUUUUAUUAUUAAAUGGGUUUUCUCAGAAAUGCAUUACAGUCAUUGUUUCAGUUAUUUGUUAAUUUUUUUUCAUGCAUCACCUAUUUUCAGUAUCAU